UUUAAGCUGAAAUCGCCGCAGGUAAGAGAGAAAGAGAGAAGGGAGCAAAAAUGGUGUCUGGAUCAGGAGUCUGCAAGCGAGUCGUAGUGGUGGACGCCCGCCACCACAUGCUCGGACGAUUAUCGUCCAUUUUAGCCAAAGAGCUUCUCAAUGGCCAAAAGGUUGUCGUCGUCCGUUGCGAAGAGAUCUGUCUCUCCGGUGGUCUUGUUCGUCAGAAAAUGAAAUAUCUUCGUUUUCUCCGUAAGCGCAUGAACACUAAACCUUCUCACGGUCCCAUCCAUUUCCGCGCCCCUUCCAAGAUCCUCUGGCGUACCAUUCGUGGGAUGAUCCCGCACAAGACUAAACGUGGAGCUGCUGCACUAGCGAGGUUGAAGGUUUAUGAAGGAAUCCCACCUCCUUAUGACAAGAUCAAGAGAAUGGUCAUCCCUGAUGCUUUGAAGGUUUUGAGGCUACAAGCUGGACACAAGUACUGUUUGUUGGGUAAACUGUCCGCAGAGGUUGGAUGGAACUACCACGAAACCAUUAAGGAAUUGGAGGAGAAGAGAAAGGAGAAAUCCCAAGUUGUUUAUGAGAGGAAGAAGCUUCUUGCUAAGUUGAGAAUCAAGGCAGAGAAGAUUGCUGAGGAAAAGCUUGGAUCUCAGUUAGAUAUCCUUGCUCCAGUUAAAUAUUGAUGAUGAUGAAUUAUGAUAUGGUUAGAAGAUGGGCUAGUGAGGUUGAAGUGAGUUGUUUAUCUGUUGGUCUGAUAUGUUUUUGUAUCUUCCAAGUACUUUUAAAGAUUUGGGUUUUGUUUCAGUUUUUUAUUUGGUCUUUUUGGUGGAAGAUCAUAGCUGUUAUCAAAAUUGUUUUGGAUAUUUAUUCUCAUUAUCAAGAUUAUAACUUUUUUUUGGAAGGCUGAAGAUUAUUGGUUAUUUUA